UUUAGCUGGACCGUAACCAAGCAAAUGCCUUGUCAACUUCCGCUGUCAAUGUAAAUAGAAGAAUAUGGCAGGAAUACCUGACUACAUUGAAAGAAAAGGAUCUCUUUUUCUGAGAUCAAAUCAUAUGAACUAUGGGAGAGCAACUUUAAACUCAAAUUGGCAUCAAGCACGAGAGGCAGAACCUAAGGAUUAUGACAUCAGUCGAGGAGAUGAAAGAAAUCUUUGCAAAGCCACAUAUGAAAGGAUAGGAAACAUUACUGAUGGGUCCUUGAAUAAAACAACAUAUCAAGACCAUGCUGAACAAACCUUCCUGAAAAAAGAUUUUGAGGAACAAAUUCCAAGGAAACCAAUGAUGAACAUGAACACAUUGGAACAUGCUCAUUUGGACAGAGAUUUAGGCACCCCACAACGAGGAUUUGGAUCUGUUUUACCAAGACAUAAUCCUGAUUACAACAAAUUCCAUUUAGAGUCCACUCACCGGGCAGACUUUACACCCCCGGACCCUGAGUACACCCCCGUCCCUGAGAAGCCGGCCGAUUUCCCGGACCUAUCCCCCGCCUACCGGAAGUGUAACUCCCAGUUCACGGACACGGCCGAUUACCGUCGUCCGGGCCGGAACACGUGGCAGGACGAGAGCGGGGUGUACACCAACACACACUUCAAGCGCCAGGUGAUGCAGCCCACCAACCCAAUCCCCCCGACCCUGUCCUGAGGCCCCGGGCGGUCAGCGCCCAGCCGUGUAUAUAUACCACUGUAAAUAAACAAUCUGUAGCUGAUAUAACUUCAAUAAACACAACACACGUUUGUCA